ACCCGUCGGAAACCGUAUUUUCAAAUAACCCCGGAACUACUCAAGUUCACAGCAGGGCAAUGUUCUUGCUUCUCUUUUUCAGAGAAUAACUCAGAUUGUUUGGAUCAAGGGGAGUGAAUAUCUGCCAUGGACCGUAUAAUGGGAGGAGGAGUGUUACCUCUGGUUUUAACAAGUGUGGGAAUCUUGCUGCUGUGCCGGAUACUUGUCUGCCUGCGACGAGGAGCUUCUGUGAAAGGUGCUGUCGUGGUCAUCACAGGUGCCAGCUCUGGACUUGGAAAAGAAUGUGCACGAGUCUUUCACGCUGCAGGAGCUCGACUUGUGCUAUGUGGAAGAGAUGCAGCCCGUUUGCAACAGGUGGCCCAAGAGCUUACAGCAAGUUCAACAGACACACAGCGGCAGACUUUCACUCCCAGCAUUGUUGUCUUUGACUUGGCUAAGGCAGAUACAGUGGACAGAGCUGCAGAAGAUAUCCUGAAAUGUUAUGGACAGGUGGAUGUCCUCAUUAAUAAUGCUGGAAUUAGUUACCGUGGGGAUAUACUGGACACCCACAUCUCAGUUCAGCGGGAUGUUAUGGAAAUAAAUUAUUUUGGACCCAUUGCUCUUACCCAAGCGCUCCUUCCCUCCAUGGUUCAUAGGCGCAGUGGCCAUAUCGUGUUCAUCAGCAGCGUUCAGGGAAAGAUAUCCAUUCCUUAUAGAUCCGCUUAUGCAGCUUCUAAACAUGCCGCCCAGGCCUACUUUGACUGCCUACGGGCAGAAAUCGAAUGCCAUGGCAUCCCAGUGACGGUGAUCAGCCCUGGGUACAUUCGAACCAACCUGUCACUCAAUGCUGUCACAGGAGAUGGCUCCAAGUAUGGAGUUUUGGAUAAAACCACAGCAAUGGGAAUGGAUCCCCGGGAUGUGGCCCACGCAGUCCUAAAGGCUGUCCGUCAUAGCAGCAAAGAUGUUGUAUUGGCAGGACCACUCCCCACUGUGGCUAUUUACCUCCGCACGCUGUGGCCUUCAGUCUUUUUUAAACUCAUGUCCUCUCGUGCUCGUAAAGAACAGAAACCUAAAAGUGAGUGAUGUAGCAGCAGGGGAGGACCAGGAGCUCAAAGGCAGGCACCAGACUGCUGUACACAGAAGGACUUGAGAUGUGGAUGGAUGAAGCUCUCCAGUUAUUCUUUGGAGUGCUGGACUGGUUUCCAGUGGAAAAAAAAGUUGUAAUUGGACAUGUAGUUGUAAAUUUUCAACAUAUCUGAAUGAUCAGGUCACAUAAGAUUGUGUUGUUCAGCUGUCUGGAAAAAUGAGUCAGAAUCACAGUUAAAAAGUACAGCAGGAAUGUUGGUAUGUAUUUGAUUUAUAUCACCACAAUACACGGUGAUAUGUCCAAAGUAAUGGUUAAAACAUGACAACAUCAAACAAACAAAAUGUAGAAUUUAAAAAGGUGCUUUUUUUGACUUCUGGAUGAAGAUCUACUCUGAAGUUUCAGUUCCUUCACUGUUCAACACAAGCUGUGGUUUAAGACAUUUUUGUUUUACCCAGUCAACGCCAUUUAAAAUACUGCAGCACCUAACCUGUUUCUGGGACACGAGUUUCAUGAUCAUCCUCACCAGGAAAUGCUGCUUAUCUCUGUACAGG